AUGGGUUCAGCACUGUGCGGACCAAAGCGGAAAAAGGUGCAAGUCAGUGCGUCGUGGGUGGGCAACGAGUCAGAGAACCCAUUCGAAACGGUUCUUACUAAAAAAGAAAGAGUUCUACUGAGAGAGACGUUUCAGCGUCUUGAUGAACCAAAGGAAAUAGUAGGAAUGAUAUUCGUCGACAUUGUGAACGAUAUCGAGCCGGAACUCAAAAAGGUUUUUGGUGUCGAUCGAGCUCCGAAAGCUGCUAUGUUGAAAAUGCCAAAAUUCGGUGGACAUGUUGCCCGAUUUACCGAACUCAUAGACCAGGUGGUGCUAACAACGUCAAUGGUUGGGUAUACCGAGAAUCUGGUAGGUGCAUGGCAGCUAGUGAGGAAAACGGGACGAAUUCAUGUCAAGCAAGGAUUCCUGGAACAAAAUCAAAAUCAGCUGGAAAAGAACUAUUUUGAAAUUGUAAUGAAUAUUUUCAUCGAACGAUUCAUA